UUUGUAGGACCGAGUUCCGGUCGUGGCCGAUGUGGUUGCAGUUAGUACCGGAGAGUCGCCAUGGCUGCGAUGGAUUCAGAUGUCGCACCGCUCCCUCGUGGGGGUUUUCGCUGCUGCCUCUGCCAUGUCAUUACAGCCAACCGUAAGCGGACCCAGCCUAGAUGCCCACCUGGGAGGCCGGAAGCACCGGGAGCUGGUAGAACUACGAGCUGCUCGAAAGGCCCAGGGACUUCGAAGCGUGUUUGUCAGUGGCUUUCCCCGGAAUGUGGAUUCUAGUCAGCUCUCUGAGUACUUCCAGGCAUUUGGACCUGUGGCCAGUGUUGUCAUAGACAAGGACAAGGGAGUGUUUGCCAUCGUGGAGAUGGGGGACGUGCGUGCCCAGGAAGCUGUCCUGUCACAGCCGCAGCACAGCCUGGGAAGACAUCGCCUGAGGGUCCGGCCACGGGAGCAGAAGGAGUUCCAGGGCCCAGCCUCCAAGUCCCCCAAAAGAGUGUCCCCUAACAGUCACCAGCUGGUCAAAGCACUAGCCGAGGCCCCAGAUGUGGAGGCACAAAUGGUGAAGCUUGUGGGGCUGAGGGAGCUGUCUGAGGCUGAGCGACAGCUUCGAAGCCUUGUGGUAGCCCUGAUGCAGGAGGUCUUCACAGAGUUUUUCCCUGGCUGUGUGGUCCAUCCUUUUGGCUCUUCCAUAAACAGCUUUGACGUCCAUGGCUGUGAUCUUGACCUCUUCCUGGAUCUGGGGGACUUGGACAAGCCGCAGCUAGCCUCAAAGGCUCCAAAAUCUCCAUCCUUGGACUCGGCCCUUGCAUCCCCACUGGAUCCUCAAGCCCUGGCCUGCACCCCAGCCUCCCCUCCAGACUCACAGUCUCCAGCAUCUCCGCAAGACUCAGAAGUCCUGGACUUUGAAGUCCCUUCCUCCUCCCUGGCACCCCAGACUCCAGACUCUGCUUUGGCCUCUGAGACCCUUGCCUCUCCCCAGUCCCUGCCUCCAACCUCGCCACUGCAGGAGGAGCAGGGAGAAGGGGACCUGGGGAAGGCUGUGGAACUGGCAGAGGCCCUGAAGGGGGAGAAAGCAGAAGGGGCAAAUAUGCUGGAGCUGGUGGGAUCCAUUCUUCGGGGCUGUGUCCCUGGAGUGUACCAAGUCCAAACUGUGCCCUCUGCCCGACGCCCUGUGGUCAAGUUCUGCCAUCGACCUUCAGGUCUCCACGGUGACAUCUCCCUCAGUAACCGGCUGGCCCUGCAUAACUCCCGCUUCCUGAGUCUCUGCUCUGAGCUGGAUGGGCGAGUACGGCCCCUUGUGUACACUCUGCGCUGCUGGGCUCAGGGUCGAGGGCUGUCAGGGAGUGGCCCACUUCUCAAUAACUACGCCCUGACCUUGCUCGUGAUCUAUUUCCUUCAGACCAGGGACCCUCCUGUGUUGCCCACUGUGUCCCAACUCACCCAGAAAGCAGGUGAGGGCGAACAGGUGGAGGUUGAUGGCUGGGACUGUAGUUUCCCCAGGGAUGCCUCGAGGCUGGAGCCCAGCACCAAUAAGGAGCCUCUGAGUUCUCUGCUGGCUCAGUUCUUCUCCUGUGUCUCUUGUUGGGAUCUUCGUGGCUCACUGCUGUCCCUGCGGGAGGGUCAGGCACUGCCUGUGGCAGGGGCCGUGCCCUCUAAUCUCUGGGAGGGUCUGCGCCUUGGCCCCAUGAAUCUCCAGGACCCCUUUGACCUGAGUCACAAUGUGGCAGCCAAUGUGACCAGCCGGGUGGCCGGGAGGCUUCAGAACUGCUGCCGAGCGGCAGCCAAUUACUGCCGAAGCCUCCAGUACCAGUGUCGCUCCUCCCGGGGUCGGGACUGGGGGCUGCUUCCCCUUCUGUAUCCCAGCUCCCCUAGCCCUCUGCUGUCCGCAACACUCAUCCCCUUACCCUCUGCUCCCUUCACCCAGCUCACUGCUGCCCUCACUCAGGUGUUAAGGGAAGCGUUGGGGUGCCAUAUAGAACAGGGAACCAAGAGACUGCGGUCAGAGGGAGGUAGAACUGGGGAGCCUCCCCAGGGAGGGACAAGCAAAAGAUUGAAACUAGACGGACAGCAAAAAUGCUGUGAGGAGGAGCAGAAGGGGGACCACGGUGAGGAUGGGGUGGAAGAAAUGGUGAUAGAGGCUGGAGAGUCGAUGCAGGACUGGGCCAUGCGGAGCCCUGGGCAGCCAGGGGAGCUGCCCCUGAUGACCGGAAAGCAUCUGGGCACUGGAGAAGAGGGGCAGUCAGGCCCCGCAGCACUGGCUGAGCAGGGACCCAGAAGACCUGAGGCAGCCCGAGAAGGGUCCCAGGCCGAGGCAGGGAAGGAGGUGUCGCUCUCCUCAAUGAGCUGGCACUGUGCCUUGUGGCACCGACUGUGGCAGGGGCGGCGGCGUGUCCGGAGACGCUUGCAGCAGCAAACCAAGGAAAGAGGUGGAGCUGGCACGGGAGCAGAGUGGCUGGCAACUGAGGCUCGGGUCACCCAGGAGCUGAGGGGACUGAGCAGUACUGAACAGAGGCCAGAGGCCGAGCCACUCCUGACCUUCGUGGUGUCUGCCUCCCAGGCUGACCAGACUCUCACUGUGACCCCGCUCCAGGAUUCUCAAGGCCUGUUCCCUGGUCUCCGUCAUUUCUUACAGUUUUUCCUCCCUCAGGCACUUCGAAAUCUCCUGAAGUGAAGAUGGCGACUCUAAAGGACAAUAAAGCUGCUAGUUUAAUAAACGGUAGUUUCGUCUAAUUUCCACCUGGUAAUGAUCCUCCUUUCCCCCCAUUGCUUAAUGCAGCCUCUCAGAGGUACCAUCUGUCGAGGCCCUAAAAUAGGUCUCUCAGCCCGUUUCCUUCAGGACUCAGGACAAGUGAGUGUCUGGCACCGGACCCACUCAGUAGUGUCUUGAAAGAUGGCGUGCUGGGUGGGUGGCUUGAGCAGCACCUGAGAAUGAGAGUUCCAGGGGCUGACGUGGCCAGGGGAGGGGGAGGAGAACUGGAAAAAUGUGACUUAACCUCACUCAUUGUUUAAGACUGAUUCUUAUUUCUUCAGGGUGGGGUUACCUGGGACAUCACAAGAUCACUGAGUAGUGAAAUCCUUUGAAUAUCACGAACGUUUCUAUAGAAACAAUCAUUCCUAACAACCAACCCUAAUAAUCAGUCCCAAGGUGGGGACUGUAAUUAACUCUGCUCUAAAGGUAUAUAACAUGCUCACGUAAGACCCCUUCUUGGGUCUCUCCACCCCCUUGUGGCGUCUGUGCGAGAAGCUAUUGUACUUUCUCUAAUAAACUGUUACUC